AUGCCAGCCAAUCUCAAAGUUCAGCCAUCUUUGUGGUUCGGAGGCAAUGCGAAGGAAGCGGCUGAUUUCUAUACCGCCAUCUUCCCAAACUCAUCUAUCAAUCAUAUAGAGUAUUACACUUCAGUCGGUCAGGAUAAACACCGGAUGCCAGAGGGUUCUGUGAUGCUCAUUCGAUUCGAACUUGAUGGUGCUCCUUUCACUGCCAUUAAUGGGCCACCUAUGUUCAGUUUCAAUCAGGCAGUUAGCUUCAUAAUCGACUGCGAGGACAGUGCCGAGGUUGAUCAUUACUGGACCCAGUUGGGGGAAGGCGGGGAGCCAGGACCCUGUGGUUGGAUGAAGGACAAAUUUGGGCUCAGCUGGCAAGUAGUUCCAAAGCAACUUGGUGAGUGGAUGAAGUCCGGCACUGCAAAGCAAAAAGCUGCUAUGAGUGAGACUAUGAUGAAGAUGCAGAAGCUCGAUGUAGAAGGACUUAAAAAUGCGACGGCCACACGGCCAGCCGGUUUUCUAUUUUCAAGGAUCGCCAAGCUCUCUCUUGAAGUCGACAAUCUGCAUGAAGCCUGCGAAAAGCUGAACAUCUGUAUAAUAGGAGUAGAUCGACCAGGGAUAGGGCUAUCGACUUUUCGCCCACGUUUCACGCUUCUUGACUGGCCGAGCACCAUACAGUCAUUGGCUGGCCAUCUUGGCUUCCAAGAAUACCGUGUCGUCGGCUGUAGUGGUGGAGGACCCUUUGCCCUGGCGUGCGCUCGCGAAAUCCCCAAAAGUGAGUUAAAGGGUACAGGUAUUAUCUCAGGGUUGGCUCCUCCAGAGGCGCCGUUGAAAGGUCUCAGCUGGGAAAGGUGGAUUGGCUUUUGCAUCAACAAAUGGCUGCCGCACUGGCUCCUUUAUGGCAUCUAUGAGCAUGGACUUGCAAAACACGCACGCGAUCCAAGUCAACACCGGUGGAGGAAGAUUGUGCGCGAGGGUAUAGUUGAGCGAAUGAGCGCGGAAGAUCAAGCUCUCAUGAGCGAACAUGAUGUUGAAAGGAUGAUAUUAGAGAUUAGGGAUUCUUGUUACGGUGGCUCUGAUGGCAAUAUUCUCGACGUUAAAUUGAUCCUGGGGAGGUGGUCUUUUGAUCUUAAGAGCAUAGAUGCGAAAGUGAAGUUGUGGAAUGGAACGUCGGACAAAGACACUCCUAUUGCGAUGGCAAGAUGGAUGGCGAGCCGAUUACCAAAUGCAGAGCUCACGCUGUAUCCUGACGAAACGCACUUUUCCCUGUCGCAUACCAGGAGCGAGGAAAUACUCAAGGACUUUAUCAGCGCCUAG